ACACGCACGACACCGAAACAUGCACGGGACAUGGACGUCCGAGCGAUAGCGAGCUGGGCCCCGCCGGGCAGGCCCGGGGCACCGUGCCCCGGGCCACGGCACGGCCCUGGCGCCGGGCGCGGGGGCGGCGCGCGGGCGCCUCUCUGCGUGCAGGUGCCGCCUCGCUGGCGACCCGGGAGCUGGGCGAGAGCGUCACGUGGGCCGAGCUGAUUGCCCUCGGCUCCGGGAGCCCCAGCAGCGCCGCCCCGGAGACGAUCUGGGAGGCCAUCGUGCUUGCGGGCCUGCCCGCCGUGGGUGUCAUAGGCACCGCUAUCCAGCGUAGGCCUGGUGUCCAGCAUAGGAAUGCAGGCAAUGGUGUGCCAUACGAUUGGUGCCGGCCUCAUGCGCUCCACCGUGCUCAUGCCGCCAGCUGCAGUGGCCGCGGCGACGGCCAUGCCUCCCACAGAGGCUGGCAGGUUCGCCGUAGAUGCGAUCGCGCAGGGAGCCACAUCAGUUAUGGACACCGCCCUGGAGACCGUCGCCGACAUCAGCGACGCCGCCGCCGCGUCUGCAGUUGCGGCCACCGCCAACGGUGACGGCGUGCAAUUCGGUGGCUUUGGGCUCGAUGAGGACGACGCCCCCGCUACGGAACCACACAGGCUGGCCGGUGUCAAAGAUGUGACUCUCUCGGAUGCUGUUCUGGAUGGGAAUCCGGCCGCGCUGGCCGCUGUCGCCCUGAUCAGCCCGCUCGUGGCCACGCCUCUGUUGUCUUUGACCGCGACGUUGUUCUGGUGGCUCGCCGUCUUCCGUGAGCUUCGGCACGCCUCGGAGUCUGUCAGCGCCCUGGUGAUGCUGCCGCGGCGUCCCACGCAGCUCGUGUGGUCUGGCGACACGCUGGUGCUGAUGUCAGUCAGCCUGCAGCGCCUGUGCUUUGUGGGCGCCGUGCUGCUGCUGCGCUUCUGCGUCGCCGUGACCCUGCUGGUUGUCGGAUCUCCUCGGCUGCUCGGGGCAAGGUCCCCGAUGGAGCUGCUCAUCUGCGUCCCCGCCCUCGGCUUCGCCCUGGAGAUUCCGCGUCGCAUGGCAGGCCGAACUUCAUGAUCGCCAGGGAGAGUACGACUCGAGAGUGCGAAGUUCAUGAUCGGAGGUGGGUGCAUGGUUAUGCAGGUGGCCGCUGGAUGGUGCCGCACCGUUCUGCUUCAGAGUGAUGGCACUGGCAGCAUAUCAAGGGCCCUUGUCGCUGUGGCUUCCGUGGACGUGGUCCACGGGUUCUCCCCGCAGCAGUUGCAGUGCUGGGGUCAGCGCGCGCGAGAAGGGCGCGUAGUGGCAGCGGGCUCUGUCGCUGCUUAGCCAGGUGCGUAAGGCGAAGGUGAAGCCCAACACUGUCCGCUACAUCGCUGGAAUCAGCGCGUGCGAGGGAGGGAGACAGUGGCAGCAUGCGCUGUCUUUGUUGUCCGAGUUUGGGAAAGCGCACUCUGAGCCAGGGGUACUGGUUCUCAGUGACCCGUCCAAAGUGGGACGGGAGCUGAAUUUUGGCAGCCACGUUCUUGAUAUCAGUAUUUGCAGAGGCUUCCGUUGUUUUCAGGUGCUUAUUUAGUUGGUAUUCGAAGUUGUAGUUGAACUACUCGCGUUACCUCGAGCCCUGUUGGCGGGUCUGCGUGGCAUGAAGCGUCCCUUUGCCGACGCAGAACUUACCAAGCUUGUGAAGACUCAGCCUCAGGAGAUUCAUGUGGAGGAGAUUACUGGUGCUCGCCAGCCAGCUACACCGCUGGAAUCAGCGCGUGUGGCAAAGGCGAGCCGUGGCAGCGGGCGCUGUCGCUGUUCAGCGAUGUACGGGAUACGACAAUGGAUUCAAGGGCCAUCCGUUGCACCGCUGGGAUCAGCGCACCCGGCAGGCGCAAGCAGUGGCAACAGGCCGUGUCGUUGCCCGGAGUUGUGCGGGAGGCGAAGUUGGAGCCUGGCGUCAUCAGCUACGGAGCUCGGCUUGGAGGUGGCGAGAAACGCGAGCAGUGGCCACUGACCGCGUCGCUGCUCAGCGAGGUGCGGCAUACCAAAUUCACCAAAAUCCGAGCCCAAAACCGUAUCCGGUCUCUGCGCUGCCGGGAGCCGCGCGCGCGAGGUGUGCAGCGGGAGCCUCCUGGGC